AUGAAUUCUCUCAAUCUCAACAACUCUGCUGCUUCUGGUACUUCCGGUUCUGAUUCCGCUGGCAACUCUAUCGAUGCCAACCCUAACCCUGGCUCCCCCAUUGCUGCUCUUCUCACUGGUACGUCUACCGACGCUACUACCUCUGUCAAUCUUCCUCAGUCCUCUGCUGAAUCGAAGCCUAUGGAAAUUGAUAAUCUCGAUAAAGUCGAACAUUCUAGUUCCUCUUAUUCGUUCACUCCCUCUUCAUUCUCUGAUCCAGUCGUUACUCAUGUAUUUUCUUUACCUAUCCCAACCCCUGUUCGCAAUACGUUUGAUGAGGACGCCGAUCAAAUUUUGGCUAGAAUCAGUGAUAUCAACAAGUUCAUUCGUGAGCUUUACGAGAAAGAAACUACUAUUAUGCGUACUGAUACCAGUACCAUUCCCGAGUUUCAAAUUCGUGAAUACAAGAUCAAGUCCAUUGCUCAAGACUUAGAGUACUACCGCAAGGCUCGUGUUUCCGCCAACAGUCUCUUCGCCUCUUUCAAGGAUACAUCUGUAAACUUGUUAGCCAAUCAAACUCAAAUCUUGUCUUUUGAAUCACAGGCCAACAAGGUGGAUAUCCCUGUCUUUGAUGUCUCAUUCCCGGAUCAUAUCUGCCAUCCCGAUAUUUACGCCGUCGAUGACCACUCUCUGCAAACUUUCAUCAGAAAGUUUGAACGUGCCUACCUAAAUUAUGGUGUCAACAUCGAACUCCACUGGCUUUUUCAUCUCGAGGCCAGCUUCGAAAACAACAACUCCUAUAACUCUUGGCUCAUUCAAAAUUUCAAGUCCACUUCAAGUAACAAGCCUAAGACCUGGAAUGAAGCCAAGGCUACCUUAGAAUGCCGUUUUGAUCCUGUCGCUCGUCUUGUUCAACACAUGAACGAGUGUGCUGAACGUAAGAAGUUCCUAGAAAAUAACACCAUCAAUAAUCCCGAAGAUCAAAUGAGCUCUGAAUUGCUCCCUCUCGGAGAUGACAAUGAAUUUCUUGCUGCUUAUAAUAGUUUAGAUUCGUUCAUCAUCCAUGAUAACGAUGAACUAGAAUCAAAUAAUAACAAUACUUUUUUCAAUAAAAAUAUAUUUUCCAUAAAAAUUAAUUCUGAUUCUUCUACUUGUCUUAAUAAUUUUUCUUUAAAAAGUAAUACUGUCGGUGACACAAAUAACCCCUUUGACUCAAACAACGUGGCUUAUUCUCCGGUUACUCCAAUUAUUAUUAAUUCAGUGAAAUCUUACUGCACUAUCGAUACAGGAGCCCAGAUUUUUGUCAUGAACAAGCAAUUUGCCGUUGAUAAUAAUAUUCAAUUUAAGCAAACAGAAGGAUCUUUAUUGUUCGCUUAUGGUACCAAAAUUCAACGUCAACGCACUACUCAAUUCUUAUCACUUGACUACAAUGGUGUUGAAAAACAAGUGUUGCACAAAUUUGACAUUGUCGAUAAUAAGUAUUUAUCAUCAUCCAACCAAAUCCUCAUUGGUAUGGAUCUGUUACCUAAAUUUAACAUUCACCUUCUCAAUGUUGCUCACAAGUUCAAAGACACUACUGAACAAGUCGAUGACUCAAUUGAUGAUCAAGCUUACGUCCCUAACGUAACCCCUUUCGGAACAGAAAAAGAACAACAUGCUUUUACUUUAGCUCUUACGCCAUACAUUGGGGCUAAUAAAGCGCUUAAUUAA